AUGGCUGGGUCCCUCCGCAAUGCCUGGGUCCCUCUGAUGUUCCCCCUGCCAGUGGCUAAUGGAAAAAACAGACCCACGACCCUAGCGAGCACUCAGUUUGGAGGAUCAGGUUUGGAUGAAAGACCAGGAUCAGGUUCCUGGGGAACGGGAGAUCAAAACAGCUCCACAUUUGACCAAGGAAGGCAGAGCUAUGGCGAAGGCCCCCACUACGGCGAGCACAGGGACCUGCCGUCUCACAACAGCAUAUCUUCAUCACCAUUCCUGGGAGCUGGACUAGUGGGGAAGAGCAGCGAAAGAGCCUCGUACUCCACAUUCGGAAGAGACACAGGGAUGCCAGGACUAAACCAGACUGGUUUCCUGCCCAGUGAAAUGGGAAUCGCAAGUCCAAGCACGCUUUCCCCCACCGGGGUGAAAGGGGGGUCUCAGUAUUUUUCUUACCCCAGCAAUCCUCGCAGGAGAGGUGCUGAGAGCAACAUCGACGGACAGCCCAAAAAGGUUCGGAAGGUGCCUCCUGGACUCCCCUCCUCGGUGUAUCCAUCCAACUCAGGUGAUGACUACAGCAGGGAUCCAGCUGGAUAUACUCCCUCAAAACCUCCCAGCACUGUGUAUCCCGGAGCCUUUUAUAUGGCAGACGGGCUCCACAACUCGCCAGACCUGUGGAGUUCACCGGGUGCUAUGAGCCAGUCGAGUUACGGUGCCAUGCUGGGCAGCUCCUCCUCCCCGCUCCCACAGUCCAGUGGCUUCAACAGUUUACAUCAGCACGAACGCAUGAACUACCAGCUUCAUUCAGGAGAGGUUAACGGCGGACUCCCCUCCGUGUCUGGCUUUUCCUCUGCCUCCACGCCGUACGGGGUCUCCAGUCACACGCCCCCCAUCAGCGGGACGGACAGCAUGAUGGGUAACAGAGGAACCACAGCUGGGAGCUCGGGAGACGCGCUCGGGAAGGCACUAGCUUCAUGGCAGCCGUGCCCGGUGCCAAGCUCUCCCUGUUUGUUCGCAGGCACAUCCCAGUGGUCGCGAGCGAGCGGACAGGGUGCCUUAUCUCCCAGCUACGAAGGGAGCCUCCACACUUUGCAAAACAAAAUGGAAGACAGGUUGGACGAAGCCAUCCACGUGCUGAGGAAUCACGCUGUGGGCCAGACCGCUGCCAUGCCCAGCAACCACGGGGACAUGCACGGGCUCCUGGGCUCAGCGCCGGCCCACAGUGCCACCGUGGGCAGCCUGGGCCAGGCCUUCCCCCCCUCGGUCAUGUCCCUGGGGAACAGGCACCCGGGUCUGGUGGGAGGAGGUCACCCCGAAGACGGGUUGUCCAGCAAUCCCAGCAUGCUCCACAACCAUGUCACACUUCCGUCACAGCCCAGCUCACUCCCUGACCUCAGCAGGCAGCAGGACACGUACAGCGGCUUGUCAGGGGGGCUGGGGCGAAGCAGCGUCUCCUCGGGGACCAGCGAAAUAAAGAGGGAAGAAAAGGAGGACGAGGAGAACACGUCGGUGGCAGAUAACUCGGAAGAGGAGAAGAAGGAGCUGAAACCCUCCCGGAACAGAACAAGCAGUACAGACGAGGCCUUGUCACUGGAAGACAAAGAUCUGAGGGACCGGGAGAGGAGAAUGGCCAAUAACGCCAGGGAAAGGGUGCGUGUGCGGGACAUUAACGAGGCCUUUAAAGAACUGGGACGCAUGUGUCAGAUGCACUUAAAAACGGACAAAGCACAGACCAAACUGAUCAUCCUACAGCAAGCGGUGCAGGUCAUUCUGGGCCUGGAGCAGCAAGUACGAGAGCGCAAUCUGAACCCUAAAGCAGCCUGCUUGAAGCGUCGGGAAGAGGAGAAAGUGUCCGGAGUAGUAGGAGAUCCCCAGAUGACACUUUCAGCUUCACAUCCUGGUCUAGGAGAUGGUCACAACCCUGUCGGACACAUGUAAAGAUCUUUUUGUUCCUCUGGAUACAGAGAUCUGUAGGAAGAAAACCCUCGGUGUGACCUGCAACCUUCUCGAACCAUAAACUUUAGUACUGCUAAUACUGACACACGUGGACGGA